UUCUGCUGAGUCAUUCAACGCAUCGAAUGGCUAGCGGGUUAGCUAGUUGGUCAUUGUCAUGCGCCGGCACCCACGUCACUCACCAGGCCAGGCCCUGCCUUUUAAAGCCGUACACACUCAAAGUCACAGAUACGAAACUAGUUGAAUACCCAAAGGGGAAAAAAAUAUCUCUACCUCACAUUUACAUUUUUGUGUAUUUGUAUCUGAUUGACUGAAUGGAUAAUAAGUUGAAUUUGUAAAAAUGUGACAGUUUCAACCCUAUUUGUGAAUUACACGUUUGUGUGUUAGUAUACAUGUGCAUAGGUGCGCAUGAUUGUGUGACCCCGCUCAGCAGGCAAGCGUCAAAGUCGGCUCUUCAUUUCAGUAGCUGGUCCAAGAAUAGAUAGCAAGCUCGACAGGCAGGAGACUGUGUCUUUGUGUACGUGUGUGCAUGUGUGUGUGUUUGUGUGUGCGCGACUGAAAAAAGAGAUCUUGUCGAUGUGGGAAAGAAGGAGUGAGUGGGUGUGUGUACUUACAUGCAGACGAGGGAAAGACUACACCCAUUACAGUCUGAUGAGUGGGUCCGUUAGUUUCCCACUUGCUUUUCUGGAUUCCUGCUCCGACCGAUCGCUGGAUUUGCCGAGCAGGAAACUUUGAAACUAGAGCAAAGUUUUGGACCUGGUCAAGAGCGCGGAGAUGAACGGCCGUGCUGUACCGCCAUCCAUACCUGAGGAUGGAGAGGUCCUGGACUACAAUCCACAUAGGGAGAUGAACGGAUACCAUCAAAGGGUUCAGGAUGAGGAUGGAGGAGAAGCAGAAGUCCUGGUGUCCAGGUCCCAGAGGCGAAAGAGUGAUGUCAAAGUCUAUAAGGAGUUUUGUGAUUUUUAUGCACGCUUCAACAUGGCCAACGCCCUGGCCAAUGCCAUGUGUGAGCGCUGCAAGAGUGGCUUUGCUCCAGCAGAGAAGAUAGUGAACAGUAACGGAGAACUUUACCAUGAGCAGUGCUUUGUGUGCGCCCAGUGUUUCCAACAAUUCCCAGAGGGGCUCUUCUAUGAGUUUGAAGACAGGAAAUAUUGUGAACAUGACUUCCAGAUGCUCUUUGCUCCGUGCUGCCACCAAUGUGGUGAGUUCAUCAUUGGCCGCGUCAUAAAGGCCAUGAACAACAGCUGGCACCCCGAAUGUUUCUGCUGCGACAUCUGCCAGGCCGUGCUUGCCGAUGUUGGAUUUGUCAAGAACGCCGGCAGGCACCUGUGUCGUCCGUGUCACAACAGAGAGAAAGCGCGUGGUCUGGGCAAGUACAUCUGCCAAAAGUGUCACGCCAUCAUUGAAGAGCAGCCCCUUCUGUUCAAGAAUGACCCCUACCACCCCGAUCAUUUCAACUGCAACAACUGCGGAAAGGAACUGACUGCUGAUGCCAGGGAGUUGAAGGGUGAGCUUUACUGUCUUCCCUGCCACGACAAGAUGGGCGUCCCCAUCUGCGGGGCCUGCAGGAGACCCAUUGAGGGCCGCGUGGUCAAUGCCAUGGGCAAGCAGUGGCAUGUGGAGCAUUUUGUGUGUGCUAAGUGUGAGAAACCCUUCCUGGGACACCGCCACUACGAACGCAAGGGCCUGGCCUACUGCGAAACACACUACAACCAGCUAUUUGGAGAUGUCUGCUACCACUGCAAUCGCGUUAUAGAAGGAGAUGUGGUGUCAGCCCUCAACAAGGCCUGGUGCGUCAACUGUUUUGCUUGCUCCACUUGCAACACCAAGCUCACCCUCAAGGAUAAAUUUGUGGAAGUGGACUUGAAGCCGGUGUGUAAGCACUGCUAUGAACGUCUACCGGACGACAUCAAACGCCGGUUGUCGAAGCGGGAACGCGACUCCAAGGAUAAAAAGAAGAAACCGUUGAUACCCAUGAACAAGUUUGUGGAGUUUGACAUGAAGCCAGUGUGCAAGAAGUGCUAUGAGAAAUUUCCACUGGAGCUGAAGAAGAGACUGAAGAAGUUAUCGGAAACUGUCGCGAGGAAGUAAACCCGGCGUUCACGUAAACACCCGACACGUGCACAUUGAGUCUUUCUAUGUAGAACUGCUCAGCAUCGAGUGUCAAUUAAUGGGCCAGACUCUGUCAGACAGGCAUUGUGUGUGUGCACGUGUCAUGUGCGGCUCAAAAGAACCUUUCACUUAGCUUCCUUUUUACACUGCUAUUUAACUAAAACACGUUGCAAGGAAUCGAUUCCGUUACUGAUGCUCUAGCA